UCACCAACCAGCGCACUACCGGGUUCUGUGUUGGCAGGUUCCGUGUAAGAAUGUAGACGAGUUCAUAGAGUGUAAUGUAUUCGGUGUCCCUCUCCCAGUGUGGUGACAGUGCUAGCCGGCUACAGAGAUACAUACAGACACUGCAACCAUGGAGAUCUCAAAGCCCUGCAUUUUCUUUUCUGCUCUGUGUAUAACGCUGUUAAUUUCCUAUAUUAGCUGGCAUCCAGCUUCAGAGGUAGUACUUUUUAAUUCGGAUUCCACCAAUCGAGCUGAAUACAAAUUGGAGAACAAAGUCUUCUAUGGCAUAAUGUUGGACGCUGGGAGUACUGGAACACGCAUCCACAUUUAUAGGUUUAGUGACACCUCCACUGGUAUCCCUCACCUGGAACAUGAAACAUUCAAAGCUAUAAAACCAGGACUAUCGGCAUAUGCAGAGGAUCCAGAAAAGAGUGCUGCUGGAAUAAAUGAACUUUUAGAUAUUGCAAGAAAGGAAAUACCUGAACACUUACAUAGAUCUACCCCACUGGUCCUCAAAGCCACUGCUGGUCUACGUCUACUGCCAGGAAACAAAGCACAGAGACUACUGGACAAGGUUACUGAGAUAUUUGAGGCAUCCCCUUUUGUUGUAGGAAAGGACAGAGUUUCUAUAAUGGAUGGAACUGAUGAAGGAAUAUUCGCAUGGAUCACUGUGAACUUCUUGACUGGUAGUCUAACAAAGCGAGCAAGUAAACUUGCUGGAAUGCUAGAUCUUGGAGGAGGAUCUACACAAAUUACCUUUUACCCUUAUGAUAAGGAAACCUUUCCCAGUGCACCUGCUGGAUAUAUCACUGCCUUUCACCUGUUCAAUAACACAUACACUCUUUAUUCACACAGCUAUUUGGGACUUGGAUUGAUGUCUGCAAGGCUAGCUAUCAUGGGAGGAGAGGAGGGCACACCUUUGAAACAAGGAGAACAAUUGGUGACUCCCUGUUUAACACCUGGAUACGUGACUGACUUUUAUCAAGCAGGCAUUACUUACAACGUCAAAGGACAACAAUCGGAUAUACCUCCUUUUGAAUUAUGUUCGCAGAGGAUAUCAAAGAUACUCAACAAACAUAAAAUACACAAGAUCCCAGAAAUCAUGAAACAGUCCUUUUAUGCGUUUUCAUAUUAUUUUGACCGUGCUGUGGAUGUUAAGUUAUUAGAUUCACAACAUGGCGGAAUUCUCAAGGUUAAGGAUUUUGAUAUGGCAGCUAAAAAAGCAUGUGAUGGUAUAAAAAAGACUCCAGGGCAAAAUCCAUUCCUCUGUAUGGAUCUUGCAUAUAUAACAUCCCUUCUUAAGAAAUUGGGCUUUCCAAUGGACAAAGACCUGAAGUUGUUUAGUAAAAUAAACGAUGUUGAGACCAGCUGGGCCCUGGGAGCGACAUUUUAUUACAUGAAUAUCUUGAACAGAUGAAUCUCACUUUUAUUAUCAAAAUAAACUGGAAGUAACUGAGGUUUCUAGGACACAGCUUCAAGACUUCCGUCCUGGAGUUCCUUACUACAGCACCACAAUUCAUGUUUACAUGGUGGCAGUGUUUACUUUUAGGGAAAGGUGAUCAGUUAAUAAGUCUUCUCAUUAAUGUAUGUGUUCAGACAAUUUACCUCUUAGAAAGCUCUAUGAUAUAUGUAAUAGUUACUACUUUAAAAUGUUCUUUUACACUUUUCCACCUUCACUUUUUGGUAUAAUGUAUGGCUCCGAAGCUUCUGCGCCUUUGGUAACAUAUUAUGAAAAGUACAUAUGUGUGUUUAUUUUUUUUUUAUUAAUCUUGGUUAAAAAAUGAUAUAGUUCAACAAGCCCUCCGUUCAUGCCACUGCCAACCUGGAGUAAUUCACUUUUUUGCUCCAAUAACACAGCUUGUGUGGUCCACCACGUGGCGCAUCCACGACUUGUAGUUAAGAUGUAGUAAAACACUGAAACAACUGAAAUUUAAUUCCCAGAAACCUCUCUCGUAGUAAAGCCAUGCUGUACAGAUGUAUUUAUGGGAUAAGCUUAGGACUGCCACAGAACAUUAAACUGGAAUUAGAUGAUUACCAAGUGCAAGUCCCCUAGUUUGUGUAAUGCAUUUUGAAAAGUGUCUUGAUUAGGACACUGUUUUUACAAACUGAUUUAGGUUAAAGGGACUCUCCAGUGCCAGAAAAACAAAUCUGUUUUCCCCCACCCCAUGUUGCUGAAGGGGUUUAAAAUCCCUUCAGUGACUUACCUAAAUCCAGCACUGAUAUCCCUUGGCGCUGGGUCAGGCUCUGCCCACGCUCCUCCCCUGCCGUCAGCCGGCGGGGGAGACCUAAUGUGCAUGCGCGACAAUAGCCGUGCGCGCAUUAGACCUCUCCAUAGCAAAGCAUUAUUCAAUGCUUUCCUAUGGGAAUUCCGGCGACGCUGGAGGUCCUCAUGCAUGAGCGUGAGGACGUCCAGCCUCAUUUUAAACACUUUUCGUGUUUUAAGAAGCCGGAAGUCCCUCUAGUGGCUGUCUGAUAGACAGCCACUGGAGGAGGACUUAACCCUGGAAGGUAAUUAUUGCAGUUUGUAAAAACUGCAAUAAUUACACUUGCAGGGUUAAGGGUGAUGGGAGUUGGCACCCAGACCACUCUAAUGGGCAGAAGUGGUCUGGAGUGUCCCUUUAAUUCUAAAGUUGAACCUCACUCGCAAUCACACACUUUUUCCUACUACUCCUACUACUAGACUAAUGUUAUAAUUGGGGUCCUAGAACAUGCACAAUUAGCUCAGAUGACGAUGCCGUUUGUCAGAAUACAAACCUGUUAAUUUUAGACCACCACUACCACCCCAUUGUAACUAGGCAGAACUGUUUGGAAUGUAACCCAGAAUUGUGAUCUUUAGAGGCAUUCCACUGGUUUCUAUAGCGUGUACUCUAGUUCUAUCUGGAUAAAAUGACACACCAUUGUAAACCGGAGAACAUUUCACUGUGAACUUGUCAAAUUUAACAUUUAUGGGUGUGCAUCAGAUACACGGUGCAUACUAAACGUAACUGGACCAAAACCUUGAUUUGCAAGUUGCAGGCAGUUCUGACAUGUACUGAAGGCAACAACCAGCCCUAGAACCACACGCUUUUGACAUACCGUUAAUUGGGGGCUUGUAACAUAGCAUUACACCUCUCGAUAACAAUACACCACUACACGUUUUGCCUCUAAACAGCUCAAAUGUUUUUCACAUUUUUUUUUUAAAUGCAAACCAUGUACAAAGCAAGAAAAGUACUUUAUAUACUGUGCAAUGUAUUUGUUUUUGAGGUUGAAAAUGUUACCCAAAUUAUACCUUUGAUAAAUACAGUUGGUGCAAAUGCCCUGUGUAUGGUUUGAGUAUUCUUAUAAAGAUCACAUUUUGGAAAACCUUUUUAUAUUGUUCUACAAAUGCAAAAUGGUUUGCAUUUAAGGGACACUAUAGCCACCAGAACAACUACAGCUUAAUGCAGUUGUUCUGGUGUCUAUCGCUUUUCUCUGCAGGCUUUUAAAUGUAAACACUGCCAUUUUAUAGAAAAGAAAGUGUUUACAUUCCUGCCUAGUAACACCUCUAGUGGAAGCCACAAAGACGGCCAUUAGAGGUGCUUGCUAGGUCAGUGCACAGUAUGCAGCACUGGUGUUCAGUUUCUCCACACAAAGCAUGGAGAAGCUGAAUGCUUCCCAUAGAAAUUAAUUUAUUCAAUGCAUCAUUUUGAAUUGAUGCUGAUUGGUGCAGUGCAGCUUUUUUCCGUGCACAACAGCCUCCUAAUGCUUUCCUGGAAAGCAUUGGAUUGGCUGAGAUCAUCAAGAUUGAUUGAUUGAUUAAUCUCAGCCACGGAGGUGGAGCAGGGCAGGACUAGAAGAAAAGGUGAGUAAAACAUGUUAUUAAAAAACAGAAAAGUGGUCCGAAAAACUAUACUGUUAUUUUAUCACUAGUGUCUGGAAUAUAUGUUUGUUCCUGACACUAUAGUGUUCCUAACUCUGCAUAUUUUUAGAGCAAAUCUGUUGCGUGGUAAAUGUUUGCCAGCCGCAGUAAUUUGUGACAUUGGAAGCGCUUAUAGAUUUGACAAAGUCACAUUGGAGCAUUUUUUAACAACUUCAUAUAUGAAGGCACAAUAAAUGAAAUUGGUGAUUUCCUUAUAUUUAUAUGCUUGCUGCAUUUAGAACAAAUGAUUAUAUGUAAUCCUAUACUUAGUGUAAUGUAAAUAACAUGUGCCAGUUAUUUAUUUUAUAUUGUAGAAUAAAAUGAUUUCACUCGAAUUCUAAAAUUAAUGCAUUUUUAGAUAACUUGCGCUACCUCAAUAAAAUUAAAAAGAAAAAAAUAUUUUAAUAGUGCUCUAUUGACUCUUUCUUUCUACAGUAAACAGCUACAUAGCACCCAUCGAUUAUUUAAUGGGUUUUGAUAAUGUUAUUUUAAAGUGAUUCUCCCGGAACAAAACCUCAAACCAUGCAUUAUGCAAGAAAAUGAGCCACAUCCCUCGAUACUAGAUUGCAUAAUGUGAUGGAAAGAAUGCCAUUGAGUUUUUUUUUGUAAUUUUUUUUUAACAUUAGCUAGUGAUUCCUAGCAGCAAAUAGUUGUAUGUUACUUUGAAAACCAGAGGGGAAAAAAAUCCCCAUUCUAUAAGUCCAGGUCAACUAUGUAAUUAUGGGAGGAAUCUUAUGCAAUUGGGGGGGAAAAAUGACCAUAUGCAAAUGAAUAGCCACUAUUUUUUAUAACAUUCAUUGAACUAUGGUUGAUCAGUCGCCCUUGAUAUGUGUUGCAGCUGUAGAGCCAGCAGUUACGUCUUCCCUACACAAGACAUUUUGCAUUCAUGGCAGAGCAAUGGCUUCCUUACAGUUUGCUCUCCAAUAGAUCUGUGUGUCCUAUGAAUCUGAUCUCUCCAUAUUUGCUUCUUUGCUGAUCAUCAUUAACAAUGAUUUGAGUUGGUUUGUGUGUUAGGUUGCAUACCAAUACCGUUUAUCGUACAGUAAUAGACAUCAGCCAUCGGCUAAAUCUCACUGCAAAUAUAUUGCAACCCACACUAACCACAAUUUUAAAAUUUAGAAAGUAUAGGGACCUCCAAAAUAUUUAAAUUCCAGAAAUGUCCACAAUUUAUUGUGAGUGCUACUGAGAAUAUCUUUUAAACAGAAGUUGUAGGGUUAUCAUUUUUAAGAUGUGACUCUAAGGUCAAUGCAAGGUUGAACACAAUAUAAAUAGAACUACAUCAAUAUUAAUUGAACCUUAUUAGGACUUGCUUAUUGAUUAAUUUGAGGCAACAUUGCAGUCAAACGUACAGGUUCCACUAUGCUAAUGGUUUUAUUUUUUGUGUGGGGGGGGAGGGGGUUAAUUUGUUUGUCUUAAUAUUCUAACUGCUAUAUUCAUUUUGUAGUGUGCACAUUUUCAUUAGUUUAAUGUGUACUGCAAUGUU